AUUGAUAGCUAAAGUAUCGAGAGUCCACAGUUCACAAAUAAUGGAUACAUUGCAAGGCAUACGUAGUGUAUUGGUAUUAUUAUCAGCCUGUGCAGUAAGUGCUCAUGCAAAAGAUAAGAUCCUUCUCGUGCUAUCAGAUGGAAUGCGAUGGGAUCUGUUUGGUGAGGACCUGCCGACAUUUAAUUACAUUGCCGAAAUGGGCGUCAAAGCUGAAUACCUCAUUCCAGUGUUUCCGACGAUGUCACUACCGAAUAUGUAUACAAUAGCAACAGGGUUGUAUGCUGAGAGCCACGGCGCUAUUCAUAACUUGGCCUUUGACCCGGUAAGUGGUAAUCGAACUCUGACCUAUUCUGCUUCACUGAAGGUCCAGGAAUGGUUUGACACAGGAGCUGAGCCAAUUUGGGUCACAGCGAUUAAGCAAGGUUUGACUGCUGGGACAAUGCGAUACCCAGGUGGUGAUGUUGCUAUAAAGGGAAUUCGGCCGACACUCGUCAACUCCUCGGAGGAAUAUUCAUUCACCAAUAAAAUGGACACAGCCAUAAGUUGGUUAAAAGACGAGGAUCUCGACAUAGUGAUGACAUAUUUUGGGGAGCCAGACGAUAAAUUACACAAAUUUGGAGUCGGCUCUCGACCAGCUAUUAAUAGUUUAGAACUAAUGGACGAUCUCCUGAGACACAUGAUCGAAAGGCUAAAAGAAGAGAACAUGAUGGACACUGUAAAUGUCAUCGUCACUGCUGACCAUGGUUUUCUCAAUUACGUUUAUAAAAACUUUAUUGAACUUAAUAGUUACAUUAGUCGUGAUGAUACAGACUUUAUGAUGGCUAACUACGGUCCUACAUUUCAAAUACUACCAAAAGAAGAUAAAAUGGAUCAGGUGUACAGUUCUUUGAAGAAUGCUCAUCCGCAUAUGCACGUUCACUGGAAGAAAGACUUACCAGAGUAUUUCCACUAUUCAAACAAUGACCGUAUUCUUCCAAUUGUUGGCUACGUUGACCCAACCUGGCAUGUUCAUACCCAAUGGCUUGGAUUUAACUCUGUUGUCGGUGAUCACGGAUUUGACAAUCGAGAGCAAUCAAUGAGACCAAUAUUUUACGCCAUGGGACCGAAGUUCAGAAAGAACUACAAUUCGCCACCUAUCUUUGGGGUCGAUAUAUACCCGAUGAUGUGUGAAAUACUGAACCUACAUCCAGCACCAAACAACGGAUCAAGAGAAAGGUACGGUGGUCUCAUGGCGAGUAGUGGUACCGGCGGAAAUGGAGUAUCCACACUAAAUUUAAUAGCAUGCCUUGUUGCAGUAGUUCAUGUUAUAUAUAAUGCGUGAUCUUGCCAUUUUGCUGCACAACCACGUAGUGGUUCUUACACUAAUCACAGUUAAUCUUAAUCUUUCCUCUUUUUGUUUAAGACACAGGCCUAUGAUUUUUGAGUCUUUGUUUUUCUAUUUAGGGUCCUAAAAUAGCAGGUCUAAAGUACACGAAUUAAAUCCCAUGUACCAGUGUCUAUGGUUGAGCAUUUAAACACAAAAUCCACCGCCCUUCCUCCGCUCGGUGCUUCGCACGUCACACGCCUCCUACCCAUAUUUUUUUCCUGGAUCCUCCCCGGUAUUAGAUACAUUAUUCUUACAUGGUACAUUUUCCACGGUCAAUAAUUCUUAUGCUAUUCAUUUCGUAUUCCUGAUUUAUUCAUCCGCGAGUUACUUUAAUAAUGAGGUAAAGGACCCUCAUUUCAAAUGGCAUAAUACCCGUGAGCUCUCGGGGGAGGGGUGCAGCCCUGGGCCCCAACUCAAAAGGGGCUUCAAACCCUCCUACUUCUACCACCUACCACUUUACUACCAGCCUUAACAGUGGCGUAAUGCAUGUGCUUUCUAGGACUCUGUACCAGCCCAAAUAGGCUCCAGACAGGCCAGGGACCCCUACUUCUACCCAGCACUCCACUAAAGCUUCUCGACAAUAUGGUGAUUUGUCUACAAUUAAAAAAAAAACCCAAAUGCACCUAAAUCCCACAAACACACUCUAUGGCAUAUUUAUUGGAAGGGCCCCCAUACUACGACCCUCAUUUUACUGUGGAGCUUCGACCAGAUAUGUAACACCUGUGCUCUUUGGGAAACGCCCAGUUCCAAGUCGAAGUGAGCCCGCGGUAAUGCCACGGUGCCCCUUUUACUAGCACUUUUUUUAAUGUAUGGGGCCCUUGCCAGCUGCAUCUCUACUCACCUUAAAAAUCCACCCGCUCUAAAACAAUGAUUACCCAUCAUAGUAAGCCUAUUACUGAAUAUAUGUAAAUGCUUAAAAUAAAGUUAAUAUCGAUCAAAACAAUGUGUACUGUAGGCCUACUAAUAUUUCUGAUAAUCGAUUAGACUAUAAAGAAGAAUGGUAAUUUUAUUCAGCUUGGCCUUACAAUAUUUCAGAGCAGCAUAAUUCGUGGUUCCGAAGUGACACUUUAUUCACAGUCAGUCAAUUUGGUUACCUAAUCAUAUUUGUAUUGGCAUUUUCAAACUCAUUAGACCAAUCGAAGAAAAAGUGAUCCAGAUUUAAGUCGGAUUCUACAAUUAUUAUGCGGAAAGUAAAUUUAUAUCCGUUUUGAACUUUCGUAGUGUUAAUAGAGUCUAUUAUUUAAAUGUUAGAUUGGUACGUACUUAAGAAUAUAACUGGAGGCAGAUCUUGAGAAAAAUCUGGGACGGGGCCGCCAUGCGACAAUAAAAGCACUGAGUGAAGAUUGUGUUAAAAUUUUGUUUCGAAAUGCUUGAGACCAUAGACACUGAUGAAAUUUAAAUCGAAAAUGUAUUUGUUGUGGUUUUGGAGUAAUUAGAGGAUUGUUAUAAAUUUGAUUUCUCAAGGAAUGUUGCUGCCUUUCAUAAGAGUAAAGAGCACCAACAAUCUUGCUGAAUUUAGAAAUCGUUAUUGAUUCUUGGUUCCUUGGUGACAUAUGAUGUAGACUUGCUUCCUGGCAGAGGCUUAACUAAGGGGUAAGCGGUCCAUGGCUAAGGUUUCGUCGGGUAUUACCGUUUGGACUCAGGGACCACGCAGGGCCAGUUGUGGUAAGGGGAAAGCACGAUCGAAAUAGCGUAUAUUUAAGUUUUCACAUUGUUUGCUCCUUAACGGGCUCUGUUUGGUUGAUUGGGUUCCGUGGUCCUGGCAAAAAAGAUCAUGCGGAUUAAUACCCUGGGGCCUAUAAGGGUCGGGCCCCUGAAUUUAGCCAGUAAGUGUUCAUAGGCGUUACGCAAUCAAGUGUACAUGCAGCUAUCAGCUCUGUUUUUCUUUCAAAUUACUGAUAUUUCUCCUUCAGCUGAGUCACUUCCCACUAGGCCUACCAUUUAUUCCUUUUGUUUUUCUUUUGUGCUAAUAGUUGAAUUGGAACUAUUAGCAAUAACAUCAAUUGAAAUUGUAUUUACCAAACGUUUCAGUUAUUUCUAUACUUAAUAAUUUAUUUGAACUAAUUUGCAUUUCUUAUUUACGGAUAACUACUGUUGUAUUAGUGCAAUUCGAUAUAUCUUUUUAAAUGAUGAUUAAAAGUAACACAUUUUGGUAAUUACACAGACUAUAAUAUUUAUAAUUAUAUUAACACGUAAACUAUAAGAUGUUGAUGCUUACAAUACAAACAUAAGAGCUUAUGUAACGUUCAAGAUAAAGGAUAUUUAGUAAAUAUACGAAACAUGGUUAUAAUAUUAUUAUAUUAUUAUAUGAUAAUGUAAAAUUUGUACUCAAUCGUUUUCGGUCUGAUCUGUCCUUGUCUGUUUAAUUUUUAAAUAAAUAGAGUUUAUGACUGGACUUAAAAUAAAUGUAAUUAUAACACA